AUCCUCCCAAAGAAGAGCAAAUCAAACUAACAGCUUCAUCUGCCUGCUUCCUAUCCACACAUACACCUCCGAUUUCCUCACCCUCUGUGCCAUGAAUUAUCCAAACGGUCUUCACCCUCCUCCUCCCUUCCGCCCUCCUCUCUCUCUCUCUCUCUCUCCAUUUCAAUCCUCAAAUAAACGCUAACAAGUACACACAAACUCUCCUUUUCUGAUAUAUGAUGAUGAGCCUCUCGGCCUCAGCUCACUCCUUCCUCCUCCCUCCUUGCCGUCCAAAGCUCGGUUCCAUCUCUUCCCCUCACUCCCUCCUCAGACCCAUCCACACCCCUCCCCCUGCCCUCCAACCCUUCCUCUUCCCCCGCCAUCGCCGGCGCCGGCGGCGCCGCGGGGGACGGGAGGGCGGUGGUCAUCCCUCCGCCGGCCCCACCGCCGCUGUCGGCGGCAUCGAGGGUCCCCAGUCCGUCGCUGAGGCCGCCUCCGUCCUUGCCGCCAUCAUCCUCGUCCACGAGGGCGGCCACUUCCUGGCCGCCACACUCCAAGGCAUCCGCGUCAGCAAGUUCGCCGUCGGCUUCGGCCCGGUGCUCGCCAGCUUCGUCGCUGGCGGCGUCGAGUAUUCCCUCCGCGCCUUCCCCCUCGGCGGCUUCGUCGGGUUCCCCGACGAUGACCCCGACAGUGACGUCCCCCCCGACGACGCCGACCUCCUCAAGAACCGCCCCGUCCUCGAUCGCAUCCUCGUCGUCUCCGCCGGCGUCGCCGCCAACGUCGUCUUCGCGUACCUGAUCGUCUUCGCCCAGGUGCUCACCGUCGGCCUCCCCGUUCAGGAGCCGGUGCCCGGGUUGCUCGUGCCCGAGGUGCGCCCCGGAUCGGCCGCCGCACGCGACGGCCUCCGCCCCGGCGACGUCAUUCUCGGGAUCAACGGGGCUCCCGCGCCCUCCGUCUCGGACCUCGUCGAUGUUAUCAAGACGAGCGCCGGGAGGAAUGUGGCGAUGACGGUGGCGAGGGAGGGGACCAAAUCUGUGGAGCUCUCGGUGGUUCCCGACGAGAACACCGACGGGACUGGGAGAAUUGGAGUCCAAUUGUCGCCCAAUUAUAGGCUUUCCAAGGUCCGGGCGAAGAACCUGGCACAGGCCACAGUGUUUGCUAGUAGAGAAUUCUUGGGGUUGUCUGCCACAGUGCUCGAUGGCCUGAAGCAGACCUUCUUGAACUUUUCUCAGUCGGCAAGCAAGGUCUCCGGCCCCGUGGCCAUAAUCGCAGUGGGCGCGGAGGUCGCAAGGUCGAGCUCCGAUGGGCUGUUCCAGUUUGCCGCGGUGAUCAAUCUUAACCUUGCGGUGAUCAACCUUCUGCCAUUGCCAGCCCUCGACGGUGGGUCACUGGCACUUAUUCUUGUGGAGGCAGCCAGAGGUGGGAGGAAGAUCCCGCGGGAGGUGGAGCAGCGGAUUAUGUCGUCGGGGAUCUUGGUGGUUGUGAUGCUGGGGCUUUUUCUCAUUGUUCGUGACACGCUGAACCUGGAUUUUAUCAAGGAGAUGUUGUGAUGGGAGCUGCGGGCUGGUGUUCAUCAAGGUUUGGAUAGAAUGGAGCUGUAAUGGAUUGGAAAUGACACUGGACUUGGUCCUGCUCAGGUAUCUGCCCAUGCAGCAUCUGACCGCAACAUGCCAUGUUAAACUGGCCGGCUGCUGGUUUGGGUCAAAGUCCCCAUCUAGCAAUACCCUCUUUAAAAUUUCUAGCUGAUGCCAGUAAGUUGGUUGCAGUGUUGGCAAUCUUUUCUAGUAAAACAAUUUAGUUGUUUCUUUAUAGCCUUGCCAAUUUACAGCAUGCAAAUGGUCCCCUGUACUUGUCGCAUCAUGAUGUUCUGAUCGUUUAGUAGUGCCUGAUCGAUUGAAGUUAGGAGCU